AUGGGUCUAACCAUAACUUGGUGUGGACCAGCCAUUAACUCUCCAAUCUUAGCUGAGAUCGUUCCUCCUAAGCAUCGAACCAUGAUCUAUGCCUUUGAUCGUGCACUCGAAGGGUCUUUGUCUUCGUUUGGUGCUCCUUUGGUUGGGAUUAUGUCGGAGAAAAUGUUUGGGUUUGACUCAAAUGGAACUGACAUUAUUAAAGAUUCUGGUCGUGCUGCUGAGGCGUUGUCGAAAGGGAUCUUGUCAAUGAUGGUUGUCCCGUUUGGAUUGUGUUGUCUUGGUUACACACCGUUACAUUUUCUUUUUCAGAAAGAUCGAAAAAUCGCUAAAACUUCGAGUUCGAGGAAAAUAGAGAUGAUAUGAGAAUUCUUAUGUUCUUCUUCA